UUCACCCUCAUAGGAUACAACUUCCAGCUAACAAGGAGCAUUGCCAAUACAGAGCCCCUGGUCUGCGGAUCCCGGCCCAGGGUGUCCCAGAAGAGGAGAGACUUCUGUGGUUCAAGCCCAAUGGAGACCCGGAGGAGCCCACAGAAGCCUCUGGCAGAUAGGAGAGCCCAGUCUCUGGACAGAUCUCAGGCCCCCAGGAAGGACUCAGGGUCGGGGAACUGCCGAUGCCUCUCCUUGCCUACCACUUCCUACCGGAGGACGCUUCGCCGGUCGUCCAGCGAUGGGGCCAGAUACUCUGGGAGCCCAGCUCAGCCUGCAGAGGCCCAGGGCACAGUCACCGCAGCCCUCACUCUGGAGGAGAUGAGGGAGCUUCUCCCCAGUGAGCAGAGGCCCCAGCAAGACACCAGGAAGGACAAGGCCCAGAGGCGGGCCCAGCAGGGGCGGCUGAAGGCCAUGCUGAACUUCUUCCUGAGGACAGGCCCAGAGGAGCCCAAAGAAAAGGCCGGCAAAAGGUCGAAGGGGAAGGAGGAGCCCACAGAGCCCCUGGAAGUCCCAGGAGAGGCGGCCCUCAGGAAGAAAGCCCACGACAAGAAAGCCAGUCGCAAGAAACACACUCACAGGAAACUCGGUGCUGAGGAAACCAAGGGGGCCCAAGACCAGGAGGCUGGAGGCCCCGAGGCAGGGCUGCCCAGGACGGCUGUGGCCUCCUGGGAGGAGAGUGACCUGCACCCAGCUGGCAGGGGCGGACACGAUUCCUAUCUGCAGUCGUCCUUGCCCAUCAAAGUGGGUGGUGUUGGGUCCUCGGGCAUUUCUCCCCAAGCCGCGGGUCCCCAGCCGGAAGAGGAGCUCAAGAAGCUUGACCAGGAUGCUGUCAUCCGGAGGAUCGUGGAGUUGCUCAAGAAAGUGGGAGACCAGUGGGAGGAAGAGCAACUUCAAGUCCCUCAGCUACAGGGGGCCCUACAGAACCCAGCCCCAGUCUGCAGGAGGCAGUCCCAGGAGAAAAAGUCCAGUCUCAAGAGAGCCUUUUCUCUUAAGAAGCACGGCCCCGAGGAGUCCAGGAGAGCAGGGACGGCUAAUGUCCCCAGCGCAGAAGCCCAAAAACCCAAGAAGCCCAGCUUUCUGCCCAUGUGUGUCGGUAGCCACCGCUCCUCCAUCUCCAGCAACCCUGGUGUGGAAGAACCUGAGGUCUGCGAGGCCCUGUCUGCAGAUGGUGAGGGCCCAAGUCCCUCUGAACCUCCCACCCAAGCCAGAUGCCAGGGACCUGCAGAGGAGCUGCCGCUGGACGGGACCUCGGAAUCCAAUGAAUUCAUCCAGAAGAUCCUUGCCCUACUCCAAGAUGCCGAGGAGCAGGAGGGAGAGCAGCAACCCCAAGUCCAGGAGGCGGAGGUGGCUGUGGAAAACCUGGCCCCAGUGUGCAGGAAGAAAUCCCAGGAGAAGAAGUCCAGCCUCCGGAGAGCCUUUUCCCACAAGAAGCACGGCUCCAAGGAGCCCAAAAGGGCAGGAACUGUCCCAGAGGCCUGGACGCCCAAGAGGCCCAGCGUCCUGCCCUUGUGUGUCGGGGGCCACCGAUCCUCCAUCUCCAGCAGCUCGGAUCCGGAAGGUCUGGAGUCCCAAGAGCCUUCGGCUGCAGAAGGGGGAGCAGCUGGCUUCUCAGCAGCAUCCUCCCAGAGCAGACACCGCACGCCAGAAGGGGGACCUCAGCCAGAGGACGCAUGUGAAUCUAAGGAACUUAUCAUCAGCAAUCUAGUGGAGCUGCUCCAGGAGGUGGAUGGCGAUUUGGGGAACCAGAUCAGGCGGCACCCCAGCUUUAAGAGGUUUUUUUAUGAGUUCUCAGACUCCUCCCUCAGGAAGCUGGUGGCCACCCUGCGCAGACGCCAGGCUCACCUGCCCAAUGGGGACGGGAACCUCGCCAAGAGACCCUCCCCAUAUGCCUUUGGCUUGGUUCACGAAUUUGCUGGCAACCACAGUCGCACCAUCUGCAGCCUCAUGGGCUCCCGGGGCCACUACAGCCAGCACAACUUCACCCAGUUCCCAUCCAGGGAGGCCCAGCCGAACCUCCCGAGUCCUGAGUGUCAAAGUCCAGACUGAAAGCUAUGCCGUGCACUCAGAUGCCCUGAACUACCCAAAUGACCGGCAGCUUUAACUGGAGACCCUGAAGAUGCUUCCUGAUGCCCUGCUCGGUGCUUUACGAGCACGCCUAGAAACAGCAGCUGACAACCACUGUGUCCUCUGUAGCCCUGCGUAAGAAUGCGCGAAGCCUUGAUCCACAGAGCGGGAUGCGGGGGCUGUGUUGGGCGAAUCAGCCUGGGCUGGGAGUCGGGAGGCCUGAGCCCCUGCUGAACCUGCCCGGACCGCGGCAAGGCCCUGUGUGCACCUUGGACUCUAGUUACCAUGCAGAAGUUCUAUUGACAUUUCCCCAGAUAUUAGUUUUAAGGUGUUUUUGUUUGUUUGUUUUGGUACCAGGGAUGGAACCCAGGGGCACAUGACCACUGAGCCACAUCCCCAGCCCUUUUUUAUCUUUUAUUUAGA